GUCAGCAGGAUACUGUACAGCUUUGCCACAGCCUUUAGGCGGUCCGCCAAGAAGACGCUCCUCUCGGGCUUGGCUCCGCCCCUGACGCCAGACAGCGACGUCUUCACCUUCACCGUCAGUCUAGAGAUCAAGGAGGAUGAUGGGAAAGGGACCUUUAGCGCUGUGGCAAAAGACAAAGACAAGAACAGCUUUAAGCUGCGUCCUGGUAUGGACAAGAAGGUCUUCAUCUACGUACAGCAGACGUCCAAUAAGGAGCUGUCUAUAGAGAGGUGCUUUGGCCUACUGCUGAGCCCAGGGAAGAACGUGAAGAACAGUGACAUGCACCUGCUAGACCUGGAGUCGAUGGGGAAGUCAUCCGAUGGAAAGUCCUACAUCAUCACAGGGAGCUGGAAUCCCAACACGCCUCAGUUCCAGGCUGUCAACGAGGAGACAGCCAAAGAUACGUUUAUCUACAUGACGACGGCGGUGGACCUGGUGAUCACUGAGGUGGAGGAGCCGGUUCGUUUCCUGCUGGAGACCAGGGUCAGAGUCUGCUCCCCCAACGAGAGGCUCUUCUGGCCAUUCAGCAAACGCAGCUACACAGAGACUUUCUACCUGAAACUUAGACAGAUGGAACGUAAGAGGAACAAGGACACCCUGUACGAGGUGCUGAGCCUGGAGAGCGAGUUAGAGAGGAGAGGAAGAAGAACGACAGCCAGCCCCAACAUCCUGCAGUCUGCCUCCCAAGGAUCCAUGGUGCCAUCGCCCUGA